AUGAUCGUUAUAGCGGCUUGUAUCCCGCACCAUACUAGAGGAAAGGGUGAAAAUCCUGGACUUAGUUUGAAUGCAAAGAAUAUUCGAUUCCAGGAUGAUGCCUCUACUAAUAAAAGACUUUUUGGGAGUGUGAAGUAUAGCCGGCUCGGCUAUCCAGAUUAG